ACUGCUGGAUAGCUCAGUAGUUGCAUUCUCAGUAACUAUGUCGGAUCAAGAAUGUCUGAUGAACUCCUUGAAGAAGGAAUUGAGGUCACUGCUGAUAGCAACAAAAGAUGGUCUCACCCCUUCUAAUUUAGAACAAGAAUUCAAGUCUAUGAUAGGGGAACAGCUUCCAUUUCGUGCUCUGGGUUACAGCUCUGUCAUGGAACUGGUGCAGGAUAUGCCUGAUGUUGUUAAUAUAUGCCCUCAGAGAAAUGGCAUUGUUAUUCUCAAAGCUAUUGCAGAUGAAUCCACCAAGGAGAUUGCAAGCUUGGUUGCCAAACAGAAAAGUAGGCCUAAGCCGCAGCCUCCCAGACAUAAACUGAAUUUCUCUCUUCAUUGCACAUCUCCCUCUGGAUUGUCUCGGCGCUCCCAAAUUUCCCCAAGAUUACCUUGGCGGGGCCGAGUUCCUCCUACUUUGCCAGCAGCCGUAAGAAGUGAACUGAAAGACUUGCUGGGACAUUCCCCUAUCCUGCUGUCAGAUUUUGAUAAAGCCUUUGUUCAGCGCUUUGGACGGACAUUUGACUUCAUGCGUUAUGGGUUCUUCUCUAUGUAUGAAGUGUUGAAUGCUGCUUCAGAUAUCAUCACAAUUGUGCAAACAAGGACAGGUUCCAUGUUGACGCUAAAAAAGAGUCUUCCUAAGAAAAAGCCAGUGAAACUGCCAACGUGCAAUGUCGUAGUUCAGCCAGAGAAACAGAAGCAGACUGUGCAUGUUACUGUGCCAGCACCUCUAGUGAAGACACCUUCUCCAAUAUCUCUCCCGCCGAUGGAGAAUCAGCAUGUGAUGGCAAAACAGGAAUCUGAUCAUUCACUUGUACAUUUGAAAAUGGAAACGCCAUUAGCAAGACCUGUUGAAAGAAUAAAACAAAUAGAGAAAGAGUUGAAAAUGACACUUGCCCAGAAGGGACCUGGAGGGAUAGUCAGCUUAGAACUCAAAGAAAAAAUCAGAACUAUUUUAGCACAACAUCCAGAAGGAUUGCUUGCUUCAAAAUUAGCUAGUGAAUUUGAGGUGCACUUCAAAGAACCAUUGCCAGUCAAGAAGCUGGGCUUCUUGAACGUGAUGGAGCUUGUUGGUGCUCUUAGUGAUAUUCUCCAUAUUGAAUGCAAAGAAGGGGAGCAAGACUGGCGCAUCUUUGACAUUGAUUCACUGCCCUUAACAGAAGGUGAGCAAGAAAAUCAUAAGGUUGGCCAGUCUGGUUCCUUACAACACGAGGAGACCUCAGAUAAGCAAAAGUUACCCUACUGGGAUUUUCCUUUAGAAGACUCCAAGAAUCCAGCGACUAAAUUCAGUAUAGUGACAAAGAUGAUGACCUUGCACCUUGGUAUGGAAGAGCUUCACAUAAUGAAGGAAAUAACGGAAAAAGAAAUCCCACCGGAUGCUGUCCAGGGCGGAAGCCUUUACGGACUCCCUGAGCUGGGCAGCAGUGCUUUGGUGGGAUUAUUUGUGGAAUCUAUUGUGUCACCUUCACAAUUCUAUGUCCGAAUCCAGAGUGAGGAAACUUCUGAUAAACUGAUAGACAUGAUGAUUGAAAUGAGACGCUGUUAUUCUAAUAAAAAUGUCGCUGACCGUUAUGUCAUCCCUGAAGACUUAAUUCAGCCUGGCCACCUUUGUUGUAUAAGGUCUUCAGAAGACGCAUGGUGGUACCGAGUUAUUGUUCAUCAAGUACUCAGUGACCAGGAAGUGGAAGUAUUUUACCCAGACUUUGGAAAUAUGGAGAAAGUCCAGAAAUCUUCAUUAAGAUUUCUCAAGUCCUCCUAUGCAAAGCUACCUGCCCAAGCUAUCCCUUGUUCUUUAGCUUGGGUGAAACCCAGAAAGGAUGAUUGGACCAUCAGUGCCCUACAUGAAUUCCAAAGGCUGUGUGGACUUAAGCUGCUGGUUGGAGUCGUGGAUGAAUACAGAGAUGGCAUUCUUUACCUUUUCCUUUGUGACACCAGCUCUGAUGAGGAUAUUUACCUCCACAAUAUGCUGAGAUUGGAGGGUCAUGCCGUUGUCUGCAAAGAGAAUAUUCCUUCCAAUGGUUUCAGCAAGUUGAACCCAUAUGCUCUGUAUAUAAAACCUAGUCCAAAACAGGAUCCAGAGGCAGAUGCUUCCGUGUUUCAGUUGAAAUUUCUUGGUGGCCUUCCGGAAACAACAUAUUCAGAACCUUGCAAGAAUGAAGUGGUUUCCCAGAGAUUUGAUAAAAGUGAUGAUUUAGCAUGUUUGGAACCUGAACAAUUAAACCAGGGAGACAACUGCUUUACUGAUUCUUCUCAUCAUGCAUUGGACUUCCAAGAAAAAUGCCUCUUGAAAGACUGUCAUGAAAAUUCAAGCUCAGGACAAAAUGAACAGAUAUUAGAAGCUAAGGUGCAGGAAGCGGAUGAAGCAAGCCUGUGUUCAGAUGCUGAGAUGCCAUACCUGGAGCCAGUGGAUUUCUGCAGUGACAUUUGGGAUGAGGACUGGAUACUUUCCAAUUAUUACAAACAAAAGAAAAAUGAUGAGACUGGAGAUAAGUUGGGACUUGACAUUGAAGUAGUUCACCACCAACCUCCAAAUGGUGAAGGAAACAAGGAUGAAGCUAAACACAGCCAAGAAGUGGUACAAAAGAGGAAUGUGGAUAUUUCCAGUACCAUUGAGAAGAAGAAAAGUCCUCAUCCAGAACCUCAAGGCAAAAUCCAGAACUCCUUUGAAGGAACUGAGAGACAAGACACUCUUGGAGCGAUGUCUCAUUCUUUGUCACAAGCAGCAGAAGAGUUUUAUGUCUCCAUUGAGCAUUCAGAGAAAUCAGUUGAGCUGAGCAAAAUGGAUUUGGAUGUGAACACUGACAGUUCCCAGUUUCCUCAAUCAGCAUCUGCGUUAUAUGGAAAAGUUCAUUCAGAGAAAGUGGAUGAUGCUUCUAGGACCCAAGCUGUCGCCUUGUAUAAUUCUAGCCGUGACUCAGCUCAACGAACUGUUGGUCCCAAUGCCUUGGUGUUCACUGCUGAGCUUCAGAGGUCUCCAGCAUUUUGUGUCCCUUGCAACCCUACAGUAGCCCUGGGAGCCUCUGCACGCUUAGCCGGGUCUGGGGGAUGUUUUCCCCUUAGCUUGCGGAAAAUGAACAUAUGAGAGAGACCAAGGAGUUGUUUGUUGGAUAUCUUUUCAGAAAAGUUCCAGUAUCAAUGGAUGACUUUCAGUGUUCAGCUGUUCACUGGUUUAAAUUUAGGAGUGAAAAAUCUUGUUUGAGCUUGCAGGUACUCUGUCUCCUUAAGAGCGUUGGUCAAAGUUUCAGUUGGGCCUAAAUGCUGUGAUGUUACCUUCUUUUUCUAUGUCUCUCUCCUCACUCCCCUUGUACACUUCUGUUGAUGUUUUUGUUAUUAAUAUAAUGGUUUCAAAAGUAUUUGAGAUGUUUGUUUAUGGAAAAUCAUUUACCUAAAACCUGGUAAAACAGGAAGUAUAUUGUAAUUGAUAUUUUUGAUGGCACAUCAGAUACAUGUAACCUGAACAUAUGCAUAAACGAUCUUUUUGAUGGUUGUUUUGGAUUUUUCGGGCUCUUUUUGAUGUUGAAAUGUGGAAUAAAAUCUGA